UCAAAGCCAACGCUAAGCUAAGACAGCUUGCAAGAGCUUUCGCGGUGUAUAGCUUUAGAAAGCUUGGAAGCUGCGAAGUCGAUGGAGAAAGGUUACGACGUUUAUGAGUACAGUCGCAAAGGCGACCUUGAAAGCCUGCGAGAGGCACUGAAGGAAGGCAGCAAGCCUGAUGACUACAUGGCAUAUGAUGGGUCUACAGCCCUUGUCAUGGCUGCAAGAAGCGGCCAUAGCCACAUCAUCAAAGAGCUUCUGGCCCGUGGUGCCGAUGCCCAGGUUCGGACGGAUGAUGGUUCUACGCUCUUGCACCACGCAGCGAGCGGGAAUUGUGCAGAGGCCAUCCCUGCCUUGAUUGCAGCUGGAGUGGAUCCCAACGAAGGCAACGAAGAUUGCGUGGUACCUUUGAUCCUGGCAGCUCAUUAUGGCCACCUGGAGUGUGUGCGUGCCUUGUGUGACAAUGGCGCAAACGUGAACUUGGCAGCAGAGGGUUGGGGCACUGCGCUGGAUGGUGCGGAGGGCGAGGUUGCAGGAUACCUGGAGAGCCGUGGUGCGAAGCGGUCAGAACGAGGUGCAGAUCAGCCCUUGGCUGCAGCACAUGAGCGAUUUUCCUACGGUUGCUUUGAAACCGGCGAGAAUCCGCAUGCGACUCCUGUUCUUGCCCCUACAAGUCAAGCAACCUCAGUUGACAGAAAACCCCAGGUUGGUGACCAUGUCCAACUUCGUGUUCCGAAGCCAUCAGGGCUGCUGAAGGUCGGGGAUAUUGGACUAGUGGUUGCUGAUGACGGCUCCGACUGUGUGCCUUUAAAGGUUUCUCUGGGGGAGAGGUACGACUACUACGAGUACUCCGAUCUUAUGGUUUCUGCGGUUUCGGCAUCUUCUAAUUCGAGCUCCUCUUCAGCGACGCCGGAAGGGACAAAAAGCUUCCUUGUCAGGAAGAAGUUGGUGCAGGGCAACCUCCGUGCACUGGGAGAGACGGGUCUUUUCAUUUCCCCCGUGGGAUUUGGUUGCCAUCGGCUCGAGGACACAGAGUCCCACAAGGGGGCGCUGGAACUAGCAAUCUCUCUUGGUUGCAAUUUCGUUGAUCUGGCACCAAACUACACUGAUGGUGAAGCUGAAAAGGUAGCUGGAGAGGUGCUGCAGAAAAUGAUGCAGCAGCGGAAGGUGGCUCGAGAGGAGAUCAUUGUAGCUACAAAGGUCGGCAACGUGUUGGGACAGCAGAUGAAAUUUGUUCAGGGUGUGCCCGACAUGGCCAAGAUCAAUGAGAGCCUGUACCACUGCAUCUCGCCAGCUUGGAUCCAGCAGGAGUUGACCCGAAGCCUGGAGCGACUCCAGCUGAAGAGUGUCGAUUGCCUGCUUUUGCACUGCCCAGAGUAUCAGAGCAAGGCAGGUAUGGACAUGACUGAGAUCUAUUCAAGAAUACGAGAUGCUUUUGAGCACCUUGAGAAGGAAGUUGCAAAAGGCCGCAUAGCCAUGUAUGGCUUAUCUGCAGCCUUCAUGCCCUUGAGACCUACCGAUGCUCAACACUUGGACUUGUCCAUGGUCAUGAAGCAAUUGCCCAAGAACCACCAUUUCAGGAUUUUGCAAUUCCCAUUGAAUUUUGCAGAGGCUGACGCAAUGUGGGUAGGCCAUGUGCCUCGCAAAGCCGAUGGGUCAGCCGUAGAUUCGAAGUCUGCGGUGGAAGCGCCAACUUUGUUCGAGGCAGCAAGAAAUUACGGCCUGGCCACUCUGAUCAAUCGACCGCUGGAUGGUAUCUACAAGGAAUCCCAUGGGGUCUUGCGCUUUUCAUCCCUUGAUUGCGAUGUGCGUUCCUUCUCAGAGCUGCAAUUGGACAAUUGUGAUGCCAUUGAGGAGAAGAUAACCAACUUGUGCCAGCUUAGCUCUCCGCCUUUCAACACUGAUGAUGGUGCUUCUGGACAUUUGGCAGGCAAAACUGUCAAAGUAUUGGCAAGUCUACCUGGGGUGGAUUGCGUCCUUUUGGGCAUGCGACAGCCGCAGUAUGUGCUUGGCACGGUUCCAUUGCUCUUUGCGACUCCUCCAGUUCACUCAGAGGUUGCGUUGAAAACACUGCGAGCAAUCAACAAUACUGUUUGCAUGUGGUUUGCAACUGCUAUCCACGAGGCUGAUCAUGGCACGUCGAAGCACUGGCGCCUUCCAGUGAACGAAAAAUACUCCGCUGCCCACUGAUAUCCAGGUGAAAUUUUAAGGAUUCAUUCAAAUUUAAUCCAUUUUCACAGCCUCCUGUGCUGUCCAAUUUUGCCUGCACAGAGUGCAGUGACCUCUUUCGGGCCUCGGCAGCUUGGGCUUGGCUGUGCCAAAACCGGCAUGUGCCGAGAAAAGCUCCCGCUGUACCGCCCCAGCCGACCAGAACAUGAGUGAGCUCCAAGGUGGAACCAGUCAUGCCAUCCUUUGUUC